CUUGCAGGGCGCCCUCGUCACGUGGCUCGUCGCGCGAUCACGUGGUUUGCUCAGACCGCGGGAAAAGCGAGGAGCGGAAUAGGGAGGGCAUCGUUGACCCGAGGAUGACGGAGAGGAGGAGAUUGUUUGAAGUCUUCCAGAACAAGCCUCCAUCCAAGACCUGGGGCCCCGGAGUGUGAGUUGGUUCCAUGAUCUAAGCGCGGCUUCCGCGGUGCAAGGGGAGGAGGAAGAGCAGGAGCAGAGCUCGCUAGGUGCUAUUCUAACUCCUGUUGACGAUGAACACCCACAUCGCAAAAAGCCAACGCCCCAGCGCAUCUCGCAGAGCUUGGGUGUGGAGAACUACACCGACGUGUCGUGGACGAGCUCCAUGCUGAGCCUUCCCUUCUCCCUGCUGCCUGCUGGGCCUGACCCCACAGCCACCUCCACCGUGUGGCCACAUCUGCCAGGACAGCAAGGGGAGAGUUGGAGUGAGGAGAGUAACAAGCGAGGCAGGGUGGCAAGAUGUUUGUUUCAUUGCCAAAGCAGAGAUCCUGAGCUUGUUCCCUUGCCUUCUCCACGGGCUUUUUCAUCUGAUGGAGCUGCUCAACCAAUGUCUGCUGAAGAAAACAAGAAAAAACUGCAGAUUCAGCAGCACGUUUCUAAAUUGCUGAUGGCACAAGGGGAAUGUGACAGUCAGCUGUGUGCUUUGGAUGACUCCAAGGAGCUGCUUUUGAAGUCUGAUGAUUUUUCACAAAAGCUCUGUAAGUCAAUAAACAUGGACAUUCAUUCGAACUUUGAGCCAUCACUGGUUCAUGAAGAAGACUCGGAGUUCAACAGAACAGCAAUGAAGAAUUUAUUCAUAGAUAGUCCCCUGCCUGAGUCACCUCUGGGAAACACCACACGUCACGAUAGCAUGUUAGUAGAUGGUCUUGCCAACAUUCAAGAGGAUUUGGCUACUUCGGGAGACUUGAUUCGUCCAAUUAGCGAUCCUCAGACCAGCAAGGCUGACUGUGGACUGUGUUCAAGGAAGGAGCCAUCUAUGUCACAGACAGUGGAAAAUCAAUCGGCGCCUGUCGAUGCUUUGCACCAGCAUGCUUCCGACAUGCACUGCAAACAGAUUUCCCAUUCUCAGCGUGACCAUGAAGUUGUCAGAAAUCCUACUCGUGAUGAUGCUGUGAGUGAAGAAAUUGCUAAUUCUGUAGGGCAAGUGAAAUUAGAAUCUCAAUCUGUCAUGGGCUUAAUCGAUGCAGAUUUUGUAAUGGACAUCAAUGGACCUCUACCUAAAUUAAACACGAGUACAUUAAGCAUAACAAAUAUAAACCCUAAUGCAAGUGAUCACAUCGCAUUGGGCAGUACAUAUUGCCAAACUGAGGCUUGCGAUCCCUGCAUUAAAAUCCACAGACAGCAAGUCAGUAGAUGACAUUUGGAAUAACGGUGAUUCGAAAUGGGACAUAUCUCCCACAGAUCUCGUGCUUAUGCAUUUAAGUACCCCAAAGUCCCAGAAGACAGCAUGCUGUUUGACAGACAUUGGGACUAACGUGCAUGUGAAGGAAAGUCAAGGAGAGAAAAUGGACCAGGGCAAUAAUUACUGCCUUCCGAGUCAAACGAACAAUGCGAAGUUCGAAUCGGAAAAUUACAUUCGUGAAGAACCAGCUGUGGAGGCCGUGACGAGUCCUGCGAACCCACGGGCUGAACUGCAAAUGUUCGCGCCAAUUGAAGAAACGCCUAGGAGGCCAUCAAGACUCGGCGUCACUCUGAGUGGAGCACCGGGGGCCCUGGGGACCCAUGCUCGCAACAGCGGCCGCAGCGGGUAUUGGCGCUGGUAGCGGCGGCGGCAGCAGUAGCAGCAUGUUUCUCUAUGUCAUCCCUGGGCCGGCGCAAAUCCAAGUUCAUCUACUCGGUUCAUUCAAACGUAAACCAGGCGCUGCCUCUGGCGCUCAACGAAAUGGUAAUGGGCGGAAUGUGAAGCAAGCGUCUCAUUUAAAGAAGCGCCGCCGCGUGGAUUCACAGAGGAUGUCCAGAGGACACCGUGCACAAUCUGUCCACCUCCACAGAUUUUACAACGCUGAAGACUUACAAUGCUCAGGAAGGCAGUUUUUGUUCAAGUCAGAGGUUACUGGAGAGUCUAGGAGUUCCUUGGCAAUGAAACGUCAACAAAUGCCCAAAGUUGAGACGACCCCUUACAAUAAACAGAAAGCAAAUGAGAGCGGUGAUUUUUCUGACCAUCUCAAUCAUGAAAAAAACAACAAACUUAGUGAACAAAGCGCUGCUCUCUUUGCAAUCGGUCACCUGAAAGAAUGCAGUGUGAGCCCUGUUGUCUGUGUGGACAAGGUAUCCAUGCCAGUAUUGUGCAACGACACUCCAUCCGUGCACAGUGGCACCUACAACUUCAGUACUCCAAACACAGAGCAGAAACUCUCCAUUUAUGCUGUGAAACAGAAGAUGCUUAGCAGCCACAGGUUUCCUGCUGCUAAAGCACUCACGCGGGAGAGGAAAUCUGAUUCGGACAGUCAGCUGCCAGGACUGAUUGCUCAUCCUGGCCGUGGGCUUCCCACUACGGUGGCCACCGAUAAAAUACUUCCGUCUGUAACAACGGAAUGUAAAAAAGAACCUGAAGGACGUUUUGCUGUUAUCCCCUUGUACAAGGAGUGAGAUGACUGGAGGAGUAUGGUCUCAAUGCUCGCCAAGUGAAGCCUAAUGCAGAGCUAUUUCAGCCUCCAUAUUCAGAACACAUGUCGGACGAUUCUCUCAUUAUUGCUGUGGACACAUGUAUGGAUGCAGGGCAUCCUUCUGCGCACCCUGUGAAAUGUGAUGAAGCAGCACCAGAAGAAGAUGAAACCCCUGCAGGCCAUGAUGCUAGCCCGAAGGCAGUUUCUGCAGCUCAGUGUGAAAGACCAAAUUCAUUAUGCGGAGUCACUGAUGAAAGCCACGUAGCUGAACGAUUGCAUGGAGAUAAUUCUGUGAGUGAAGAAGUUCUUGGGCCGUUUCUGCCAGUGAACCAUGUAAUCACAGAGAGUGACGCACCAUUACCUUCGCUGGAUAGAUUGUAUAAAAGUUCAAAAAAUAUGAUUGUUUCAAGCUUCCAUUCUUAAAAACAGAUCCUUGUAGUUAUUUGUCACCACAGUGGAUGAUAAAGAUCUGUCUAGAUUCGAAACUUCUUUGUCGAUUAAUGUUGGAGAAAGGCAUGACAGACACAGCAUAAGUCGUGCUCCAUUAGAGCAUGUCUUAAGUAUAAAAGAUAAUGUUCCAAUUGACCAAAGAACUCGAGAAAUUCAAAAUGCCAACAACUAUCAAUCGCUUCCCAUGACAAUGUUCAAUGAACUUCAGAAGACAUCCAAUGAAACUAAUUCUGUGUUCGCUAUCGCAACUGAAAAUGCUAAAUCCAUUGUGGCCGAUGCAGAAGAUGAGCCGCAGCAUCCAACAGGGCUCUUGCCUGCCAAGCGGCCCUGCCCAGAUAUCGAUGUACACGAUAUUCAUCAGUCCGUGUUCUGUUGGCAGGGCAACUCGAGCCCGUGGUGUUUCUGAAAUGCACCAUCAUGCCCCCACCGUGGAUCACCUGGCCCACAGACUUUGGCUUCUUCGAGUGGUUUAUACAGCAGAGCAGCACCUCGCGGACUUACAGGCACAAUUGGCACUUCGAGCAUUUAUUCUGGUUUCCAUACGGCAUCCAGAAAACUAAUUCCUGUUUCGGAUGACAAAAUCGAAAAAGCUAAAAAUAUUUUCAAAGAUAUCGAGGAAAUAUCGUGGACGGAAGAGAGCAGCGUCGAUGUUCAGACUGUUGAGGUAAAGAAACCUUCGUAUUCUAGCGCACAUUCAUCCAACGUUCCAGCAAGAUCUAAUGAUGAUGCCUUGGCACCCUGUGUCCUGCAGGAGCAAAAGCCUAACACAGUUUCUAAACAGCUGGAGAAGGUAACAUGUAACGACAGCAGAACUAUAACCUUUAGCGCGUCCACAUUUAAACAAAACGUUGAACUUACUGAAAGCCAAUCGGCAGAGGUGGAAGCAAUCACGAAUAUGAUGGAGCUCACGGGUAGCCAGUUUGAGUUCACACAGGCAUGUAUGCCUGCGGUACCACCGCGUUUGUUUCCUCGGGAAGGGCUGACAUUAGGAAGAACCGGUGAUAGGCUGCAUCCUCACGGCAGUGGUUCUGCUCAGGGUAUUUUACAGGCAAGGACUGCAGAUGACCAUCAGACUGAUACUACUACCCCUGAUGAGCAUCGAUGUAGACAGGAGGCAUGUGGCUUGGAAACCCCUCCUAAAGACUCAACAAUACUUUCAAAACAAGUGUUAAAAUUACUGUCAGGUUUCCAAGACCCCAGUGAAUUCCAAAAUGCUCACCAGUCAAGGUUCCUUGACAUUUCCAAAGUUUCUGCAUGGAAAUCUGAUUGCACACCACCCACUACUCACGAUGGAGCCUCCAUUGUCAGCAUUAAAAGAUAUCAUGAAGAUUUUGAUAUCCAAUUUAUACAAUCUGCCGAGCAGCCCAGUACACUACAAUCAUCAUAUUUGAAACUCGGAAAGCCUGUUCAAGCAUGUAUUAAUCAUCGUCCAGUGCCAGCUGAAAGUUUAAGCAAAGAAUCUUCCGUAUCAAAUACACGUUCAAAGGCACAAGAGUGUAAUGCUGUUAGUGCAUUUUGUGAAGAUAUAUUAAUUGAGAAUUACCCUGACAAUGUGCUGAAAGGACAAGUAGACAACGUAAUUCAAAGUACCAGAGGAGAUCAAGGACGAAACCUGCCGAGCUCCACAAUCUUCCAGGAGAAUAGAGAAAAGAGAGAUAGAGCACAGAGUAGUACUGCGAAUUUUACCAACGAGGGAGGGUUCCAGACAGCUGCUGGUCAAACGAUAGUUCUGUCUGAAUCUGCAAUUCAGAAGGGCAGAAGUAUUUUUAAAGAUGAUAUUAAUUUAAAUGAUGUUACAGAAGCUAACGACAGACUCAUUCAGACCUCAUACAACAUUGAUUGUUCAGUUGAAAAUAAUGCAGCCCAGCAAAAUGUAAAAUCCCAUGGAAGUACAAAUGAUAAAACGUUAGAGCCCUGCUUAGGUUUCUCAGUGGGCAGUGGCAUAAUUAUAAAUGGUGGCAUGUUACCUCUUCAACACAGCGGAGGCUUCCAUCCGCAAUCAGAUUUGAGUUUCAGGAGCAAAUAUCAAUCGGGAAAAAAUACAAAUGUGAAUGUCAAGUUAGAUACAAAGACGAGCAACAUUCGUCGUUCUCGAAACAUUACGGCAAUGAACAAUUGUGUAGCAACAAAGCCGCCAUGCUUGACACACGUGCAAGCUGACAGUGGCAACACACGCAUUUUAGAAAUGAUACCAGAUAAAGAAAGAAGCCAACUUUUAGAAAAUACCAGCAUCCAAUGUAUACACAAGAUGGGUGAGACUACGGCAAGCGACAGCGUCGCUUCAGAAAACAAACGCGAAGCGAACAUUGUCCACUUAGAGCACAGCGCACAUCUCGCCAACCAGGGGUUUCAAACUGCCAGCGGGAAGAAGGUGACCAUCAAUGAAUCAUCUUUAAAAAGAGCAAAAGAGUUAUUUGAAGAAUUCACUGUUGCAGGAAAUGAAGACCAUUGUAGAGAUAAUGUAAACAAGCGUGAUGAUCCGCCUACACGUAUUCUGCCCGAAAGUUCAUUAGAUGUCUUUCAUGGAAUUGGCACUGUAGGUGGAAGAGGUGUUACAUUUGAAAAUUUGCCACCCACUGAGGAUGUGAAGAUGGGCGUCGAAAGAUUUUCGGCAGCAGCAGAAGCCAGAGUUGAAAGCGACGAUGAUGGAAAGCUGAACUGCACACAAAAUAAAACUGUUAUGCGACCACCACUUUUCUUGCACAAGUCUGCUGUUCAUAUAAAGGGCCAGAAUGAGCCUGGACAACAAAUGGACAGCUUGAAUAACUAUGUAGGUUGUAAUAACAUUUUGGAAAGUGACAAUUCUGUUUUGAAUACGGCUAUGGUGGGAUUUGCAAACUGCUUCAGUACAGCCAGCGGAAAGUCCAUUGAGGUUUCAGAAGAGGCCUUGCACAAUGCCCGAAAGAGAUUACAGGAGGUUGACAUCUCUGAACGGUCCGAGUUCAUCAAAAAUCCCAUUCAGAGUGACAUAAAGCAGAUUGAAAAUGCCGUUCAGCGAGUCCCAGCCAAUCUUUCUGAUUCUUUCUUAAGCAAAAGUGGCACCGAUGCACAUUGCAGAGUUCAUUCUCCAGAAAACCUUUCCUCUCCCACCGUUAAAGCCACACAGUUAAUUCCACCCGUACAAUUUUACACGGGUAGAGGAUCUAAAGUAAACAUUUCGGAAGAAAGCCUCGAAAUUGCCAAGAGGCAGCUGUCCAAAACAACGUGUGAAUAUCGUCUACCAAGGAUUCUAAACGCGGACGUCGCACACGUGAAACGGAAUACUGACCGUGGCUCGGAGCUGCCCCAUGGCGGCAAGCCACAGAGGGCCGGGGGGCGGCUGCAGGGUGGGGCCAACGACGGCCUGGUGCGGGAGGCGCUCCGUUCACCUGGGGUGGCGGAGCGAGAGCGCCUCUCACCCAGGAGCCCAGACUCUCGCGUGAGACAGGAAACAGAAGAGAGUGUCAUUGCCUGGCUCCAGGACGAGGACACGGAUCCGGCGUCUCCACAUCAUUUGGCAGCCCCCCUAACACCGGAGUCUCCGUCACUGCGUGCAUGGGCCGCCCCUAAUGCACAUCAAGUCGCAGCUAAAAGGCCAAGGCACAGUGAAUCCUUCCCUACAGGAGAGCCACCCUUGAAGCGGCAGCUGCUGUCCGAGUCUGACGUGGGGGCGAGCGCGGAGCCUCUGCUGGAGCCGAGCGUCAGCAGCCCAGACGGCUUUUACGAGAAGAGAAGACGGCUUCCACAUGGUACCGUGUUGCGGCCUUCCGUUUCAAGUCCUUAUUGCGACCUCAGGGAGCAGAAGCAGGCUGCUCCCGCGAUCGACACGAGGCAGCAGCGGCAGCAGGGAUUGGCCAAGGGCACUGCGAGCCCAUCAGGCGCCCCGCACGCGCACAACCACAAGGCCGGGGCCUUCUUGCCGCCCUUCCGCGUCUCCCAGCCCAAGGCUUUGUCGGCAGCGCGGGGCGUGCGCGCUUUAUCUGCGGGCGUGCACGCGCCGCCAUCCGGAGGCUGGUUCCCCGAUGCCGCUGGGCGGCUAACAACGUUGAGCGGCGAGCCCGGGGUCGUGGGCGGCGAUGACAAGCACGCGGGGGGGCGCUGCUCGCCGCUGACGAGACGUGAGGGCGCUGCAUCACCGCCGCCGCUCCCGGCCGUGGACGCAGUGGGGAGCGCCCAGUGGUUGGCUCGGUUGGAGAGCGCUCGCACGAUGCAGGAGCUGCGUGUGAGCCAGAAGCGAGGGCAGGCGGAGCAUGCGCUGCCCGGCGGCCUGCUGGCGGCACGGGGCGCGGCGCCUGCCAGGGUCUCCCUGCGCUCGGCCGUCGGCGGUGGCACGCCGGGGUCAUACAUUUACGAGCAGCUGCUGCGCUACGGGGUCAGCGCUGGCGUGACGGACGUGCGAGCGGACACCGCUGAGGCGUUCCGCUUCCACUGCGAGCAGCAUUUCAGCUGGCGGGCGGUGUGCGGGGGCUCCGGCUUCCGGCUGGCGGAUGGCGGGUUGCUCGUCCCUGACCACGUGGGCACCGCCGGCAAGGAGGAGUUCUACAAGGCGCUGUUGGACACGCCGGGCGUGGAUCCCGGGCUGGUGGACGCUGCGUGGGCCUACAACCAUUACCGCUGGCUCGUGUGGAAGCUGGCCGCCAUGGAGGUCGCCUUCCCUGCCCACUUUGCUGGCCGUUGCCUCACCCCGGAGGUUGUUUUGCUGCAGCUCAAGUUCAGGUACGACGUGGAGGUGGACGGCAGCAAGAGGUCGGCCAUCAGGAAGAUAGUGGAGCGCGACGACGUCGCUUCGCGCACGCUCGUGCUGCUUGUCUCGAAGCUCACGGGCGCAGACGCCGCCUCCGUGCCAGGGCCGCCGGGACCGCCGGGGCCGUCGGGGCCACCCGAGCCGGGUUUAGCGCUCGAGCUCUCGGACGGCUGGUACGCCCUGCCCGCGCUGCUGGACGCGCCGCUGGCCGCGCUGACUAGGCAGGGCCGCGUCCGCGUCGGCCACAAGCUGAUCGUGCACGGGGCGGAGCUCGUCGGGGCGCAGGAGGCCUGCCCCCCUCUGGAGGCGCCCCCCUCGCUCGCGCUCAAGAUCUGCGCUAACAGCACGAGGCGGGCGAGGUGGGACGCCCGCCUCGGCUUCUAUCGCAACCCGGGGCCCUUCCCCCUGGCUGUGUCCUCGCUGCUGGCGCACGGCGGAGCCGUAGGCUGCGUGGACGUGGUGGUGCUGCGCGUCUACCCCCUGCAGUGGAUGGAGAAGCUGGCGAGUGGGGGCUACGUGUUCCGGAGCGAGCGCGCCGAGGAACGGGAGGCGCGUAGGAGAAGCGGCGAGCAGCAGCGAGCGCUGGAGAGCCUCUACGCUCGGCUGGAGAACGACCUGGACGAGCGGCACAAGGGACGGGACAGAAAUAAACCAAGGAAGAGCAUGGCAGAGAUCCAGGCACUGCAAGACGGAGCAGAACUCUACGAGGCUAUAAGGGACUCAGUGGAUCCUUGCUAUGUGGAGUCGUGCCUGAGUCAUGAGCAGGCAAGGACCCUGCACAGCCACCGGCAGGGCCUGGCUGACCAGAAGAGGACCGAGAUGCAGGCCGAGCUGUGCAAGGCCCUCUCCUCCGCGGACGGCUCCAGCGGCGGCACUCAGAGGGACGUCUGUGCGCUGUGGAAGCUGCGGGUCGCCAGCUACGGAGACGAUCGCGGAAGGUCGCACACGGCAGGGAACAUACUGAGCAUCUGGAGGCCAGUGCCGGAGCUGCACUGCUUGCUCAGGGAGGGGCUGCGCUUCCGCAUUCACCACUUGGCUGCGUCGCAGGGCAGAGGGCAUCUUGACGCCGGAGACGUGCAGCUUGCAUCCUCCAAGAAGACCAAGUACCAGCAAAUGCAGGCUUCAGAGGCGCUGAUCGGCACCAUCUACCAGCCAAGGCAGGCUGUGGCCUUCUUCGAUUUGUCAUUGCCCGACUUCUGGCCCCCAUACUCGGAGCUAGACGUUGUCGGCAUCGUGAUCUCCAUACAAAGCUUGGCAGGGGGAGGAACUCAGACUGUGGUCCUGGCCGACGAGGGCCGGCGGCUGGCGAACGUGCGCAUCUGGGGCGGCCUGGCCGCGGCUGCGGCCGAGGAGCUGGUGCGCCCACGGGCUGUCCUCGCCAUCACCAACCUGCAGUGGCGGCCGGCGGGAGCGCCGCGCGCCGGCACCGCCACCCCCGUGCUGUUUGCCGGGGAGCUCUCCAGCUUCUCCCUCAACCCCAAGGAGCAGCAUCUGCGCCACAGACAUUCAGCCCUGAGAGCCGCCGUUCCGGAUGUGAAGAGCUUUGUUCAGGAGGUAGAGGAGAAGCUUCUGGGGCAUGGAGCACAGCCAGAGGAGUGUCGCGUCGCGCUCGCGGAGAAGCCGAGCCCCGGCAGCGGUGGCCGUUUGCAGCGCAGCGGCAGCGGUUUGCAGCGCAGCGAUAGCAGUGCCGCGGCCGCCAGAGCCAGCCCAGCCUCCAUCAGCCUGGAAAAAAGAAAGAGGAGCCUGAGCUACCUGAACGGAAUCCCUUCACUUCCGCCCGUGUCUCCCCUCGUCGCGACCUCCACGCCAGUGGCCCGCAGAGCCUUCCGUGCGCCACGCUACGUACGUGGCGACUCUGAAAGCAGCAUCGGGCCGUCACACGCCAACCCACACGCCAACCCACACGCCAGCCCACACGCCAGCCCACAGGCUAAUCCACCCGCCAUCUUGCAUAUAAAGCCGCACGCAGCCUCACCAAGGCCUCACACCCCACCUGUCAGCACGCCCACAAACCAGUCCUCUUCUGCGCAUUUUGAAGAUGAAUUCCCCAAAGACUCUGUUGCGGAUGAAGAUCUCAUGAUGAUCGAUACUCAGGCUCUUUUGCAUAAACAAACACAAGGCCACGCUUGCAACCCUUACAAGUCUGCAGUUCAGGAAAGCGACGCCUCUUUGGAUGCGGCAGCCGGCAAAGUAGAAGCUGCGGCCAUUUCGGGCACAAGUGGCGGGGAGCGCGUCCCAGCCCCGAGUGGCGCGACAGCCCCUGGGCCCGUGCCGCCCAAUGUGGCCCACACGGCGUGAGCAGGCCCAGGGUGCCCCCCCCCCGCGCGUCUGUGUACGGCCUGUUGGGCCAUGGACAAGGUGUGGGUCGGGGGGGUCACUGCGGACCCGAAGUGCGCCGGCUGUGGAUGAAGGAGACUGAUCCCAGGCAAAGCUAGGAAUCUGCACGGUCAAUGCAAGCACAGCUCACUGCUCACCCAUUCUGCUGAAUCGCAGCGUGCCAUUCACUGUGUCAUGAGAAAGGAGUCUGCUUGCAGGAAAAUCUGAGACAAUACAACCUGGCGUAACCUCAAUCAAAUCAACAUUCAGUUUCAUUGUUGUUAAUAGACUUAGAUUUAAGACAUACUGUAAUAAAAAAAAGGUUAAUACCAGACGUUGGCAUUUGGUAUUUCAUAUACAUAUGCGUGUAUUUUUGGCUGAAAGAAAAAUGCAACUCGUGGGUUGUGACAUCUGUGUGAAGCUUUGUUAAUUAAAGAAAACAUUGUCUUGUGAAA